AUGGCUAAGAAGGGAAAGAAGAAUCAACCUCAAGAUUGGGAAGAUGAAUUAGGUGAAGAUAUUGUUUCACAAUCUGAACCAGUCACCACUACUGAAGAAAAUACACCAGUUCCAGAUGAAGGAAAUGGUCCACAAGAAGCUGAAGAAGCUGGUCCUGGUGAUUUCAUGUCUACUUUGAAGAAAUCUAAGAAGAAGUUGGAUAAGAAGGUGACUGAUGAAGAUGAAGGUGGUAAGAAUGGAGGAGGUAAACCUGUUUUGAAAUCUAAGAAGGAGAAGGAAAAGGAAAAGAAGGAGAAGGAAAAGCAAUUGAAAAAGGAACAAGCUGCUAAGAAAAAGGCUCAACAACAAGCUCAGAAGGAGAAGAAUAAAGAAUUGAACAAACAAAAUUUGGAAAAAGUUAAGGAAGAGAAAAAUAAAAAGAGUUCGAGUCCUGAAAGUGAUGAAGGUGAAAAGAAAGCUUCUUCUACAAAGAAAGCAGCCAAGAAAGUUCCAGCUGGGUUGGCUGCAUUAAGACGUCAAUUAGAAUUAAAAAAACAAUUGGAAGAACAAGAACGUCUAGAAAGGGAAGAAGAAGAACGUCUUGAAAGAGAAGAAGAAGAACGUGUGGCCAACGAAGAAAAGGAAAAGGAAGCUAGUAAGCAGGCUAAGAAAGAAAAGGAAAAGGCUAAACGUGAAAAAUUAAAGGCUGAAGGUAAAUUAUUAACUAGAAAGCAAAAGGAAGAAAAGAAAUUAUUAGAAAGAAGACGUGCUGCCUUAUUAGCUGCUGGUAACGUUAAAGUUGCUGGGUUAGAUAAGAAGAAUGGUACUGAAAAUGGUGAAGCACCAAAAUCAAAGAAGGUUGUUUACAACAAGAAGAAGAAGAGAACUACUACUGACGAAACCUCUAAAGAGUCUUCCCAUGGCACCAAGGGAGCAGAAAAGAAAUCUACAGAAACUAAUGAAGCUGAAGAAGUGUUAAUUGAUGAUUGGGAAAACUUAGCAUUAGAUGAAGAUGAAGAAGAAACUCCAACUGCAGAAGGUUCCGAAAAUGUUACUGAAAAUGAAAUAAUAGAAAAUGGAGAAAAAGAAGAAGAAGGAGAAGAAGAGAUUGAAGAAAUUGUCAGAACAGAAGCUCCAGUAGUUAAGGCUUCUGCAUCUUCUGGUAACAAGAAAGAUCUACGUUCUCCAAUUUGUUGUAUUUUGGGUCAUGUCGAUACUGGUAAGACUAAAUUAUUAGAUAAAAUUAGACAAACCAACGUUCAAGGUGGUGAAGCUGGUGGUAUUACCCAACAAAUUGGUGCUACAUAUUUCCCAAUUGAAGCUAUCAAACAAAAGACUCAAAAAAUGGCCCAAUAUGAAAAACAAACUUUCGAUGUUCCAGGUUUAUUAGUUAUUGAUACUCCAGGUCACGAAUCUUUCAGUAAUUUACGUUCAAGAGGUUCCUCAUUAUGUAACAUUGCCAUUUUGGUCAUUGAUAUCAUGCAUGGUUUAGAACAACAAACUAUCGAAUCCAUCAAAUUAUUAAGAGAUAGAAAGGCUCCAUUUAUUGUUGCUUUGAAUAAGAUUGAUAGAUUAUAUGAUUGGAAGACCACACCAAAUAAUUCAUUCAGAGAUUCUUUUGAUCAACAAUCAAGAGCUGUCAAGGAUGAAUUUGAAACAAGAUUAAGUAAUAUCCAAGUGGCUUUAGCUGAACAAGGGUUAAAUUCAGAAUUAUAUUUCAAAAAUAAAAACUUGGCUAAAUACGUCUCCAUUGUCCCAACUUCUGCUGUAACAGGUGAAGGUGUUCCUGAUUUAUUAUGGUUAUUAUUAGAAUUGACUCAAAAGAGAAUGUCUAAACAAUUAAUGUACUUAUCUCAUGUGGAAGCUACUAUUUUAGAAGUUAAAGUCGUUGAAGGUUUCGGUACUACCAUCGAUGUUAUCUUAUCCAAUGGUUACUUAAGAGAAGGUGAUCGUAUUGUAUUAUGUGGUAUGAAUGGUCCAAUUGUCACUAAUAUUAGAGCAUUAUUAACUCCUCAACCAUUACGUGAACUACGUCUGAAAUCUGAAUAUGUUCAUCACAAGGAAGUAAAGGCCGCUUUAGGUGUCAAGAUUGCUGCUAAUGAUUUAGAAAAGGCUGUUUCCGGUUCGAGAUUAUUAGUUGUUGGUCCAGAAGAUGACGAAGAAGAUAUGAUGGAUGAAGUUAUGGAUGAUCUAACUGGGUUAUUAGAUUCUGUCGAUAAUUCUGGUAAGGGUGUUACUGUCCAAGCUUCCACAUUAGGUUCUUUAGAAGCUUUGUUAGAUUUCUUGAAAGAUAUGAAGAUUCCAGUGAUGUCUAUUGGUCUAGGUCCUGUUUAUAAACGUGAUGUGAUGAAGGCAGGUACUAUGUUAGAAAGAGCUCCAGAAUUUGCUGUAAUGUUAUGUUUCGAUGUCAAGAUUGAUAAAGAAGCUGAACAAUAUGCUGAACAAGAAGGAAUUAAAAUAUUCAAUGCAGAUAUUAUUUAUCAUUUGUUUGAUGCAUUUACCGCCUACCAAGAGAAAUUAUUGGAAGAACGUCGUAAGGAUUUCCUUGAUUACGCCAUUUUCCCAUGUGUCUUACAAACUUUACAAAUUAUUAACAAACGUGGUCCAAUGAUUAUUGGUGUUGAUGUUAUAGAGGGUGAACUACGUAUUGGUACGCCGAUUUGUGCUGUCAAGACAGACCCAACUACUAAGGAAAAGAAUAUUCUACUAUUAGGUAAAGUUAGCUCUUUGGAAAUUAACCAUCAAGCUGUUACUGAAGUUAAAAAGGGUCAAACAGCAGCAGGUGUUGCUGUUCGUUUAGAAGAUCCAUCUAGUCAACAACCUAUCUGGGGUCGUCACGUUGAUGAAUCUGACACCUUGUACUCUAUGAUAUCUAGAAGAUCCAUUGAUACUUUGAAAGAUAAGGCCUUCAGAGAUCAAGUUUCUAGAGGUGAUUGGUUAUUGAUAAAGAAAUUGAAGCCAGUCUUCGGUAUUGAAUGA